AUGACUCAAGACAGUAUAUCUAGUUACAUAGAAUACGAAAAUUUUAUAAAACUUAUACUGACAAUGCUCGGGUUAAAAACCUCGCCUAACGACCCCAAUACUUUGUUACAACGUUCAAUUCUUUAUUUUCAAAUGUCCAUGUCUGUGUUACCAAUGAUUGGUAUUUUUAAUUUUUUGAAAAAAUACAUCACUAAUGUUUUUUAUCUAACUAGAGGCUUAAGUAUAAUCGUAAGUUUUUUAACAAUUAUUUUAAAAGGAGUUUGCAUAAUAGUGUACCGCGAAGAUGUAAAUGAGCUUAAUGAAAUUUUGGGCUCGAGUUACCAAAAAUUUCUGUCGAAUAAUAAACUGAAGAAACCAGUUUUGAAGCAAGUAACAAUUUUUCGACGGCUGUCUUACACAAUGUCGAUAUUCGUCGCGAUUUCUUGCCUGUCUUACAUAAUUAUUCCCGCUCUUGGGAUGAUAAGCCAAGCAAUUAAAGGAGUGAAGCCCAUAAAAUAUAUGUUGCCAUUUCCGGCGGUUUACGGGUGGAGCAUUCCGCCAAAUAGCUUUCGCUUUAAGCUCCAUUUUCUCAACGAGUCGUUGACUGUUUUAAGUGUAAUCUGCAUAACAGUCGGCGUGGACAACCUCUACACACACUACAUUUUCCAAAUGAUCGGCCUUCUUCGUGCAAUUUCCCAGCGAAUGAUUGGUUUUGAUGAGCAGAGCAAAGAGUCGAGUGCCGUUGUGGUACGGGAGUGUAUGAACUACUACGAAACGUUGAUAUAUUGCAAAAAUAAGCUACAACGAAUUUACAGUCCCGUGAUACUUUGGACGAUGAGCACAAAUGCUAUUAUUUUGUGUGCCGUUAUUUUUCAGCUCAGCCAAAUGACUUCUAUAUCUGUUAGCCGAAUUAUUUUAUUUUCGACAUACGCUGGGGCUAAAUUUUCUCAAGUGUUUAUUUACGCAUGGGUGAGCACACUUUUAACUGCUGAGAGUGAUAAAUGCAGAGACGCCAUGUACGCGGCUAAUUGGGUCGGUGACAAGCCUUUUAUGCACUCGGUUAUUAUUAUGCUAUCACAACAGCCGCUUAUACUGCAGGCUUGUAACUUCACAGUCGUUUCAAUGGACGUAUUUAUGUCCGUUCUGAACACCACAAUAUCCUAUUUUUUACUACUUAACACUUUUGCUGAGCAGUCUUAA